AUGAUGGUCAUCAAAGGCAUGGACACCUGCUGUGAGGACGAGUACGUCGAGGUGGUGGCCUCGACCAUCACCACCAUCACCAUCAUCACCACCGCCACCAUCACCUCCACCCUCCUGGCGGCCGCCCCUCCUGCCUGCCCGCCUGCCUGCCCGCCUGCCGACCCUGCCGUCGCGGUCGCCCUCGAAAACCGGGGCCCGGCCGUCGCCGCCGCGCUGGCCGACGCGCUGGCCGACGCCGUGGCGCGCGGCGUCGCGUCGGGUGUGUCGUCGGGCGUGGCGCCCCUGGUGACGUCCGUCCGGGUGCUCGCCACGCCGGCCCCGGUGGCGUGGGCCCGUGCGUUGGUGCCCUCCGGGGUCAACGUCCUCGGCGCCGCCCUGUUUGGCCUUUUGGGUUGGUUUGGCCGCGCCGCCUGGGCGCGCCGGCAGCGACAGGGACAGGGACAGGGAGAGGGAGAGAGAGAGAGAGAGAGAGAGGGACCGGUGGCGCCUGCCGCGGUGGUCGGCAGUGCCCACGGUGGGGGCCUGCCCCUCUACCACAGCACCACCCGCCGGAGAGGCUACGCUAGCGAGGAGGCCUAA